AUGAGUCAUCAGGUUCGGGAGAAAGCCAUAGGCUUAGCAACUGGCGGUCAAGGGGAAGAUGAUGCUAUUUCAUCCUCAGCCAUCGAGCUAUCGUUGCUUCCAUCUACCUCAGUCCCACCCAUUGAAACAACAUCAUUCAAAAAUCGCCAAGCAUUUGAUGGACAAGAUGGAAUAAUAACCUCAUCAUCGCCACCGCUAUCACCACCAACAUCAGGAGCACUGAGCAUAUCCAAAGCCAAAGGCGUGACGGUCAUUGCUACCCUUGCGGGAAUGAGUUUUCUGAACUCAAUGGGCUCCGGAAUUCUCAUUGCGGCCCUGCCACGGAUUGCCAAGGACGUUGGACUCCCCCAAGGCCUCAUUUUAUGGCCAGCCGUUGUCUAUGCCCUUGCUGCAGGCUGUCUGCUUCUCAUUUUUGGCGCUAUAGCUGACGUUGUCGGAGCCAAGUUAAUGUGGGUAGUGGGGAGCUUUCUCUUUGCCAUCUUCACUAUAGCUAUCGGGUUAGCAAGGACGAGUAUUCAAAUCAUUCUCUUCCGGACGUUACUCGGCGCUGCUAUAUCCAUGUGUUUACCCACGGCGGUCAGUCUCAUCACCAACACGUUUCCGAAGGGCACAUGGCGUAACAUUGCCUUCGCCAUGAACGGGAUGGGCCAGCCCCUCGGCUUCGCCCUUGGAUUGGUCCUGGGAGGCAUUUUCACCGACACAAUCGGUUGGAGAUGGUCUUACUACAUGAUGGCUAUCAUCAACUUGUGCAUUUCAAUAGCAUCGAUCUGGUCCCUGCCCUCUAUUCAUCAUCACUCGGAGAAGAGAUGGACCCGCCGCCUCCUCGAAGAUAUUGACUGGCUGGGCACUGUUAUUCUUAGUGUCGCGCUUGGUGUGCUAUUGUAUGUCCUCGCCGUGACAACUUCUUCCUACCGAAACAUUGGUGAUACUCAGAACAUUGUCCUACUUAUUGUAUCUGGCGUUCUGCUUGGUGCAUUCCCCUGUUGGAUGCAUUACCAGUGCAAGAAAUCGAGACCAGCACUCAUUCCUAACAGACUCUGGGGAAACGCUUCCUUCACUUCUAUUUGUAUCUCCGUCUUCCUAUGCUGGGGAUCUCUUAAUGGGAUCCAGUAUUUUACUACGCUCUAUUUCCAGCAGAUACAAGGGCUUUCUGCUCUGCAAAGCUCGAUAAGAUUCAUUCCCCAUGUUAUCAUGGGCACGGUGACCAACAUUGUAACUGCCUACCUCAUAUCCCGCGUUCGGGUCCAAACGCUUGCCGUUAUUUCGGCCUUGGUUACCAUGAUUUGCCCUAUACUCAUGGCCACGAUCAAAGUAAAUGAAAACUACUGGUUUGCCCCUUUUUGGGCAUUGUUACUCUCGCCUAUGAAUCCGGACGUGCUAUUCACGGUAUCUAAUUUAGUUAUUUCUGAUGCGUUCCCAGCCGAUGUCCAAUCCCUAGCUGGAGGAGUUUUCAAUGAGGUCUCACAAUUCGGUAAUUCCGUAGGUCUGGCUGUAACUGCUGCUAUUGCUGCAUCUGUCACAGAGCACACAGGCAUCCGAGAUCCUAAAGAAGCACUUAUGGAGGGUUAUCGAGCUGCCUUCUGGAUUAGCUUCGCCAGCCAUGCCCUUGUUGUCAUUGUCGUCUUCUUUGGCCUGAAGAAAGGCGGGACCGUAGGGAAGAAAGAUCAAUAA